UUGAUGAAAUGAAGGCCACAUCCCACAACUCCCAACAUAAGAUAGUCACCAUAACAUGAUUGAGACACUCUUGUUCCUCUUCCUCUUGUCCCUUGUUCUAACAUACGCCUUCUUCUUCUUCUCUUCUUCCACUAAGAAUCUCCACCUUCCACCAAGUCCUCCAAGCGUUCCCCUACUGGGCCACCUCCACCUCCUCUCUCCAUCCCUCCACAACUCUCUCCACGCCCUCUCCUCCAAGCACGGCCCUCUCCUCCUCCUCCGCCUCGGCCCCUCCCGCCGCCUCCUGGUCGCCUCCUCGGCCGCGCUCGCCGCCGCCCUCUUCACGACCCACGACCUGGCCUUCUCCUCGCGCCCCGCCUUCGCCUUUGCGGAGAAGCUCCCCUUCGGCAGCGCCGGCUUCAUCACCGCCCCCUAUGGGCCCUACUGGCGCUUCAUGAAGAGGCUUUGCAUGACGGAGCUUCUCUCCGCGCGCCAGCUGGAGCGCUCCAAGAGGGUGAGGAGGGAAGAGAUUGAGCGUUCCCUCAGAAAUGUGUUGGAGAAGGCUCGGGACUGUGUUGCCCUUGACUUGGGCUCUCACUUCAUGAAAUUCACCAAUAAUGUCACUUGCAGGAUGGCAAUGAGCACCAGUUGUUCGGAUAACUGCGAGGAUGCUGAGAGGAUCAGGAAGCUGGUAAAGGAGACCUUUGAGCUAGCUGCGAAGCUUUGCUUUGGAGAUGUGUUGGGCCCUCUCAAGAUGUUGAGUUUCUGGGUUUAUGGGAAAAGGGCUUUGGAUGUGAGCACAAGGUACGAUGAAUUGUUGGAGAAGGUGCUCAAGGAACAUGAACACAAAAGAUUAUCAAGUGGAAAUGAGCAUUCUGGUGAUGAAAGUGAAAGGGAUUUGAUGGAUAUUCUAUUAGAUGUUUACCAUGAUGCUCAUGCAGAGUUCAAGAUCACAAGGACUCAUAUUAAAGCCUUCUUUCUGGACCUCUUCAUUGGAGGCACAGAAACAUCAGCAGAAGCAAUGCAAUGGGCAAUGGCUGAGCUCCUUAACCACCCUGAAGCAUUUCAAAGGGUGAGAAAGGAGAUAGAGUUAGUCACAGGCAAUGGUAGGCUAGUUGAAGAAUCAGAUAUCCCAAACAUGCCAUAUUUGCAAGCAGUUGUGAAGGAAACACUAAGACUUUAUCCACCAGGGCCAGUCACAACAAGAGAGUGUCGCCAACACUGCAAAAUAAACGGCUUUGAUGUGCCACCAAAAACAGCAGUGGCAAUAAACUUGUAUGCCAUAAUGAGGGACCCUGAUUCUUGGGACCAUCCAAAUGAGUUUAUCCCUGAAAGGUUCUUGCAAGAACAAGAUGAGGAUUGUUUAAGUGAUGAUGGUAAGAGAAUGAAGUUCAAUUUUGUGGCAUUUGGAGGUGGAAGGAGAGGGUGUCCUGGGACAACACUGGCAUUCAGCUUGAUGAACACUGCAAUUGCUGCCAUGGUGCAGUGCUUUGAUUGGAGAAUUGGUGAAGAUGGAAAAGGUGCAAAGGUUGAUAUGCAAUCAGGCUCUGGCAUGUCGUUGACCAUGGCUCACCCCCUUAUUUGUCUUCCCGUGCUACAUUUUAACCCUUAUGAUGUAUAAUUUUAUUAUUAUCAAUCAGUAUUCUUUGCCAAAUAUGGACGCAAUUUCUCAUCAAAGUUUCACAAACAUCUAAAUAUAUAUAAUGAAGACUUACCUGGAAAGAUCUUGUA